AUGGCGGAUAGUGAUGAAUAUGAAAUUAGCCUAAUCGACAAUGAAAUAGAUGCUCGUUUAUGUGCUAAACUGACUGCUGAAGAAUUCGUUUUAAAUAAUUCUUUGUCGGUUUUCAACCAAUCGAAAGCUGAAGAUUUGCUUGAAAAAUGGCUGUUGCCAUUCAUAGUCGAUGGAUUUCAUCAAAAAUUGUCAUUUUUUAUACGACAUCGUCCUACCAAUGAAAUUGUCGCUACACUAAUGGCUUCUGAUUUAUAUUUCUAUUGUGAACAGCGUUCGCAUGAUGAACCAAGCCCAUCAUCUCAAGAUCCAACAGCAGCUUUAUUUUCAGAACUAAUCCAUGAAUUUGUUCAUGAUGAGUUCAAACAAGAAUUAAAAACAAAUAUGGUUCUAUAUAUCGUAGCCGGAGCAACACUCGCGAAAUACGCCGGCAAAAAUUUAGCUACUAAGUUGCGUAUUCAUCUUUGUAACUAUGCACGAGAUAUAAAAGGUUUUCAAUAUGCAUUCAUACAGACAAUGAGUCCGGCGACAAGACACAUCUAUGUCAAGAAAAUGAAUGGAAAAGAAAUGAAAAUCGUCGAUCUAGCAACUUGGCAAUGGAAGAAGAAAGAUGACGGUUCAUCGUAUCCAUUCAAAAAUUAUCAUAACGAGCCCGCUGUGAAUAUUCUUAUCGAUUUUAAUGAACGAAAAUAA